CCCCUCUGUCUCUCUCUCCCUCCCCCAACUAUCUACCCCCUCCCCCGAAACCCAAUCAGCAUCGUCGGGCCUAGUUCUGGCGGGUGUCUCUUUCGGAUCCUCGGAGCGGGCGUCGCUCGCUCGCCUGUCACAGGCAGUGUCCGAUCGUACCCUCCCUCCCUCUCUCUUCGUCCCCCCUCCCGUUCUCCCUCCCUCAUUCCCACCUUACCCCCCCCCCCCCAGGUACCCCCUUUCGAUGAGCGUGGCGCGCGACAAGUUCCUCGCGAAUCGCGGGAUCCAUCGUCGAAGCGGAGGCUGCGCCUUCAAUCGAUCUCUCUUUGAGACGACGACGACGACGACGACGACGCCGUCGACGACGACGAGGAGACGCCGUGAUCGAUGAGCGUUGUCGACGGCGGGGACGACGAGGAAAAUUGACAUCGUCCGCUCGAAAUCGCGCGCGUCACCAGGAAGUCGCGCCCAGAGAGAGAGAGAGCGAGAGACGCGACAUCAUCAUUAUUAUCAUCAUCAUCGUCGUCGUCGACGAUGAGGGUAUCGUCAUCGUCGUUUCGCGAUCGCGGACUAAUUGCUGUGCGUACAAUUAUUAUUAUUACGCCGAGUGUUCGCAGUCUACGACAGCUGAUCAAGAUCGUCGAUCACUGCCUUCGUGUGUGAGAAACCCAUAUACAACAUUCUACCAUUUUACUCGAGAGACUCGCGACGAUAUACACACCUCUCGGCUUCAUCCUCCUCUCGCCGAAACGGGGACAAUGCUUCUUCGACUCGUAUCCGAGGUCCACGAGGUUUACUUUGAUGGAAAGAACCGGCCGUGUUAGCCCCGAGCGUGAUGGAGGAGGAGGAAUGCGAGGAUGGUAGCAGUCGGCCGGCUUGCGGAAGGAAGCGCAGUCGCGAGGACCUUCUAAGAGGAUCACGGGGACGCGCAACAAUGUUGCUACGAUAUCUUCGCGAUGUUGCUGCGGCAAGGACGUCGAAUCAAUAUGGUGUUAUCGGUUAUCAAGUGCUCGCUCACGAAACGACGACGUAUCACGUCGACGUGACGACGAACGAUUCCCUCCGUCGUUAAUUCCGGGGGAAAUACAUAUAUACAUAAAUAUAUAUAUAUAUAUAAAUAUAUAUUCUAUAUAUUCGACGACCACACACACACGGACUCCCUCCUUCCGGAGUUUCUGCCUCUCUCUAUUGAGAAAUCGGACCGCGAGUGAUAUGGAGUCGAGGAUGAACGAGGACUCGAAAUCGUCGGGACGAACAAUCGCGGCUCGUACGAUCGCGCUUUAAAACUAAAAAGAGUCGACCGCACACGCUCGCUACUCAAGUCGAGGCUUCGAGAGCUCCGAGGGGUUUGCGAAGAUUCAGACAUGAGCGACUCGACGGAGCCCGUGGAACGAUCCCGCGUCGCGACGCGACGGAUCGAGUUCGAUCAAGUGCUUCUAUCCGACGACGAACAAUCGGAGUUACGUGAAAGUGCCGGCGACACUCCGGAAACGGCGGAUCUCACUUGAAGAGGCGGACAAUUUAUACUAUAGAUGUCACUAAACAGCUGCGGAAGCCAGUGUCGACUCUCUCGAUUCCGGGAGCGAUGAAAAACAGCGGCGGGGUGGCCGGCGGGGGUGGCGCGGGGGGUGCGGCCGGGGUGGCCGCCGGAUGCGGUAGCGCCGGGGGCGCCGGUGCCGGCGAGGACGCCGGCAUCGCCCUCGUGGGCGUCCACACCGAGUAUCCCCGUUACAUGGACGAGCGCAUGCUGGCAGGCGGCGGCGGCUCUCUGAAGGGCCAGUCCGGCGGCGGCAGCAUCGGGCCCGGAUCCAAGCACAAGCCCAACGUCGGCUACCGCCUCGGCAGACGGAAGGCCCUGUUCGAGAAGCGAAAGCGCAUCAGUGACUACGCCCUCGUCAUGGGCAUGUUCGGCAUCAUCAUCAUGGUCAUCGAGAACGAGCUGUCCAGCGCCGGCGUUUACACCAAGGCCUCGUUUUACUCGACAGCACUGAAAACCCUGAUCUCUGUGUCUACUGUGAUACUGCUUGGCCUCAUAUUUGCUUACCAUGCCUUAGAAGUUCAGUUGUUCAUGAUCGAUAACUGCGCGGACGACUGGCGGAUCGCGAUGACCUGGCAGCGGAUCGCGCAGAUCUCGGUGGAGCUGGCGAUCUGCGCGAUUCACCCGAUACCGGGCGAGUACUACUUCCUGUGGACGACCAAGCUGGCAAACAAGAACGGCGACAUCGGUUCCAAGUGGGUGCCGUAUGACGUCACCCUCUCGUUGCCCAUGUUCCUCAGGCUCUACCUCAUCUGUCGUGUGAUGCUGCUGCACUCGAAGCUCUUUACGGACGCGUCGUCGCGUAGCAUAGGGGCCUUGAAUCGCAUCAACUUUAACACCAGGUUCGUCCUCAAGACCCUGAUGACCAUUUGCCCCGGUACGGUGCUCCUGGUCUUCAUGGUCUCCCUGUGGAUCAUCGCCUCGUGGACGUUGCGACAGUGCGAAAGGUUCCACGACGAGGAACACGCAAAUCUCCUCAACGCCAUGUGGCUCAUCGCCAUCACUUUCCUGAGCGUCGGCUUCGGCGACAUUGUGCCCAACACAUACUGCGGUCGAGGUAUAGCCGUCUCCACCGGAAUGAUGGGCGCCGGAUGCACGGCUUUGCUGGUGGCAGUCGUCUCCAGGAAGCUCGAACUUACGCGGGCGGAGAAACACGUGCAUAACUUCAUGAUGGACACGCAAUUGACCAAAAGGCUGAAGAACGCCGCGGCGAACGUGUUGCGGGAAACGUGGCUGAUCUACAAGCACACCCGUUUGGUGAAGCGCGUCAAUCCUGGACGCGUGCGGACCCAUCAGCGGAAAUUCCUCCUAGCUAUAUAUGCACUCAGAAAGGUGAAAAUGGAUCAGCGCAAAUUGAUGGACAACGCCAACACUAUAACGGACAUGGCCAAGACGCAAAACACCGUGUACGAGAUCGUCUCGGACAUGAGUACGCGGCAGGACUCGGUGGAAGAGCGUCUAGUGGGUCUGGAGGACCGUAUGGUCGGCCUAGAGGAGAAGCUGACCUCGUUGCAGGGUCAGCUGGAGAUGCUGCCGGAAGAGCUGACUCGGUGCCUGGCCCAGCACGCGGAACGGAUGGAGCAGCGACGUAAUUUCCUACAUCCGGACACCGCGGUAGCCAUGGCGGCUUCCGGCGGCGGCGGAGGUGGGACCAUCUCGUCGGGCACCAGCCUGGGCGUUUCCGGUGGUGGCAGUUCGUCCGUCGCCGCACACCACCCUCUCGCCAGCCUCUCCAACUCCCCUCUCCUGCCGCACUCGCGUAGCGUGCCCAGCGCGCCCAGCACCAUGUCCCUGCAUCCGUGGCCGGUCAGUCCGGUCUUACCGCCCGUAUCCAGCCGGACGCCGCACCUGGUGCCGGAGACCGGUAGGCAUCACGGCCUCACUCACUCCGCCACGGUCACCACGACGACCUCGCAGUCGGCUACCAGACUCACCUCCCAGGCCGGCAUGGGCGGGUUAGGCAACAGCCAAGGCUCGGACACGUCGGCGCACAGCUGAGUCUCGUCUCUGCAGCCGCAGCACUCGUACUAAGAGGCCCCGAGAGAGACGUCGGUUUCCGCGGAAUUUGCAGAUCGCCGCGAUCACACGUAUUACAAUAGUACUGCCGGGAGAAAUUCAAUAGAUCGGCCGGAGGUUCGCACAAACCAAUACGAGAGGGUUCCCGUCUAGACCGGUGUGUCCUAAUAAGAUACAGUCUGUAUCGCGAUGAUGUUUCCUUCGAUUCGCUGAAAAACAAUUCUUUGAGUUCGCCAUUUGCAAAGGGACACUGUUCUAAGCGAGAGCGGUUAUUAUAGAUUGACAGAAACCCACGGCCGUCUGUUUUUCGCGCGAAACUCGUCUAAGGGUGGGCCUUCUUUGCGUCCCGCGCGCACCUUCGGGUCUCUCCUCGAGGAGUUACACUUGGAAUGAAGCGAUUGAAUUAAGAAACCGUGGACGUGACGACUGGUCGAAACGCUGUUUUAUCUCUUUUUGCCUUCAACAAAUUCCUCAAAGGAAUCAUCGACUUUCUCUGCAUCCAUUUAAUCGCCUACUUUCGUCAAUCUCUGCUCGAUCCCUUCCAAUCCUCACAAUUCUUAGCUAGUCAGUCAAUUUUGACACAAGUACGCAAUUAAAAGGGAUCGGAUUUUUUUCUCUCUUUUUUUUUGUACAAGACGGAUACAGUCGAGCGCGACCGAGAGAAUGAAAAAUCAACAAAUUACACUCUAUACUCGCAGUAAAGGAUCGAUCAAAGUGGAGGAGAUGAACUCUCAAGGUACGCGCGGCUUCUUCCACUGGCUGCGCGCUGCUCCCCUGCCCAACUUGCGUGCCUGAAUAACUGUUUUCUUAAUAAUUAAAUGUACAUUCUCGACAUACACACACACACACAUACACACGCAUCUAUACAGAAUACUCUCCACCUUGUAUCUCUGUAUACUCUUGCGAAGAGAGAGAGCGUACAGGCAUGACGUGUGUGUACAGGAAGCGUGUGCGGACAAGGACUAGCCCGGAGGUAAACCAAGCUGGCACUUAAAGCCUUUCGCGCGCGGUUAAAGGUAAACUGUCCCUUUUCCCUCUCCAAAGGGGCGGAAGCGCCUUCACAAAAGGGCCAUUGUAUUAUAUUCAUAGCUCAUACGUCGCCCUACAAAGUCCUAUAGGAUCUGGCGCUGAUCUCGAGAGAGAGAUGCCCGAGGUAAAGUAUAAAAUGGUCUAUACGUAUAAUGAACCAUUCGUAUGUGCAUUAUUCGAACGACGAGGGGGCUAUAAAAAGUGAACAGUUUCUAAUAUGUUCUGAGCAAAACUGGGAACUGACAUUCUUUCGCGUUCCGCUCGUUUGAGGAAAAUCUAUUAUCAUAGUUACGGCUGUUUGCCGCACACUUUCGGAUAUCAAGGACUCGGGAUCACAAUUUUACGCUAGAUUUACGCGAUUGUACUCUGGUACUUUAUAAUUCGUGAAACUGUGGAAUAUUUUUCGCGUGCGUAUACACAUUCCUCCUCUCUAUUAUUUUUCCGCAUACACCUAACCGUAUAUCUUUCCCGGCCUAUAUACACUUGCGAGAUAUUAAAUUAACAGCGUUGAAUCGA